AGGUUGCGUAAUUCAUGAAGUGCCUCAUCGAUUGCGAAAAGUAAAGGAAAUAGCAUACGAACCAAAUGUCAUUUCAAUUGGUCCUUAUCACUAUGGUAAGAAACACUUGAAGGCGAUGGAAGUUAUCAAACGGAGUUGCUUUAAUCAGAUACUUGAGGUAAUAAAACUUGAAUCCAGUGAAUUUAUAAAGGCCAUGAAAGACUCUGAAGAAGAAGUUCGCAAAUGCUAUAAAGGACCUAUUGACCACUGUGAGAAAUUUGUAGAAAUGAUGGUCUACGAUGGAUGCUUCAUUGUUCAGUUAAUCCGAAAUAUUUAUCCAGAAGAUCUUUGCAAUCUAGGACGACAUAGUCGAAAGGACAUGUGGUAUGAUUUGUUAUUGUUAGAAAAUCAGCUUCCUUUCUUUGUGCUUUUCAAGUUGGAUUGUAUGAUAAUGCGCAAGGGUGAAGGAGAUUUUGAUGAGUUCGCUCGUGCUGCCAUUUCUCCAUUCCAAUCAGAACUGCUUGGAUCGCUUACAUGGUCUGGUAAAAAAACCUAUACCUCUCCUGCAGAAGAUAUAAAGCAUCUCUUAGACUUGGUACAUAAUUGUUGUCGUCCUUCAACUCAAGGGAUAUUUCAACACCAGAAAUUUAAACCAGAAACGACACAUAUAUCUUAUCGCUCUUGGAAUUUCAUACGCAGUGCUACGGAACUGGAAGAUGCAGGGAUCCAUUUCUUAGGCAAGAAGGUGGUACAAAAUCUUGAUCAGGAGGAAGAGAUAGAGAGCUUGUUUGAUAUAACGUUCACAAAAGAGCAUGGAGCUUGUUUGAAGAUUCCUACCCUAUGCAUCGACGAUAACACAGAGCGUAUCUUUCGUAAUUUCAUGGCCUAUGAACAAUUCACUCAAAUUGGGGACCCAACUUUCGUUUCUGAUUAUGUGUUGUUCAUGGAUAACCUCAUCAACACGGGCAAGGAUGUGCAAUUACUCUGCACCAGUGGAAUUAUCGAUAACUGGUUAGGGGAUGAUGAGAUAGUUGCCCAAAUGAUUAACAAACUUCGUGACUGGAUAUCCUUUACAGAAGACUUCUACUAUGCCGAGACAUUUGUUAGGGUGAACAAGCAUUGCAAGAGAAAGUGGAACAAAUAUAUGGCCAUACUGAAGAAAGAUUAUUUCAACUCUCCCUGGUCGCUUUGUUCGUUUGUUGCUGCGGUUGUUUUGCUCCUGCUUACCAUGCUACAAACUAUAUAUACAGUUCUCUCUUAUCAUCAUCAGUAA